AUGGAGUCAAGUCCGCGACCAACGCCACUGGACUCUGACAUUCCUGGAGGCUGGAUUGAGACGCCUGCAGACCCAAGUCGACAACAUUCAUAUAUUGGAUCGCAAUACAACACAGAAGAUGUUCCCACACCUCGUGCUGUAGAACACACUGAGACUUCUUUCAUGCCAAAUGCCUUCCAAACAAGUAGCGGAAGCCGCUCUGGCGGUAAUGGAGCCGGACUCUUCUCAGACUCGAAUCACAUUACAGCUGUCCCGUCGCCUGACCCGGAGCCAGUUAACGAGACGAGAAAUGAUCGUACCGUAGAGACUGUCGUACUACCGCUAGAAAGUGGUGAUCAGUUCGAGCACAACAAUACGUCGAUCUCCAGUCCUCACGAUGUGCCACGAGAAGAAGUUGUAGAAGAGCCAGUAGAGAAGCUAGAAGCUGUCGAAAGCAGCUCUUCGUCAUCCAACGACGAUCCAGACCAAGGAUAUGCGGCCAUCAAGCCGGCUGAAGCUGCGGCUGCGAGGCCCCAAUUACAAUCCAAGCAAUCAAGGCCAAUGACUGAAGAUGAUCUCUUUCGUGUAUUGUCGAGAAAGAGAACAGGUCAAAGUGGCGGCCUAAGCCGGAAAAAUACCGGAGCGACUGGCACGGGCAAUGAUGAGGACGAUGAGAUCAACAAUCUGAUGUCGAAGAUGUUUGGACGUACGCGACAAGAAUCUUCCGAGGAGGAGAAGACACGACACCAAGGCGUUAUCUUCAAGCAUCUGACUGUCAAGGGCAUGGGUAUUGGGGCUGCUCUCCAGCCCUCCGUAGGUGACCUUUUCUUGGGUCCCUUCAGGUUUGGCAAGAAUCUCAUCUCGAAGGGUCCCAAAAAAGCAGCUAGUAAACCGCCAGUUCGUACACUCCUAGACGACUUCACCGGGUGCGUUCGUCCUGGAGAGAUGCUUCUGGUCCUUGGUCGACCAGGAGCCGGAUGCUCCACCUUUUUGAAAAUGAUCGGCAACCAACGGUUCGGAUUCGAAGAGAUCACCGGCGAUGUUACGUAUGGUGGUACAGAUGCGAAAGAAAUGGCCAAGAAGUACCGCAGUGAGGUUCUGUACAAUCCUGAGGACGACCUGCACUACGCGACUCUCAAAGUAAAAGAAACGCUCAAAUUUGCACUGAAGACUAGGACUCCCGGAAAAGAGUCGAGAAAAGAAGGAGAAUCGCGCAAGAGCUAUGUGCAAGAGUUCCUGCGUGUUGUGACGAAGCUUUUCUGGAUCGAGCACACAAUGAACACAAAGGUCGGAAACGAACUUAUCCGAGGUGUCUCUGGAGGAGAGAAGAAGCGCGUGUCUAUCGCCGAAGCAAUGAUAACCAAGGCAUCGGUACAAUGCUGGGACAACUCAACUCGCGGCCUUGAUGCCAGUACUGCCCUAGAGUACGUUCAGAGUCUACGCUCUUUGACCAACAUGGCCCAGGUGUCAACCUCAGUCGCUCUCUAUCAAGCGGGAGAGUCGCUAUAUGACCUCUUUGACAAGGUCUUGCUGAUUCAUGAGGGUCGUUGCUGCUACUUCGGUCCCGCUGACAAGGCUGCGAAAUACUUCAAGAGCAUGGGCUUCGUGCAACCUGAUCGCUGGACUACUGCCGAUUUCCUUACGUCGGUGACCGAUGAUCAUGAGCGCAACAUCAAGGAGGGCUACGAAGACAGGAUUCCGAGGACUGGGGCACAAUUUGGGCAAGCUUUCGCUGAAAGCGAGCAGGCCGGCAACAACAUGGCCGAAGUUGAUGAGUUCCAGAAGGAGACACAGAAACAGGCCCAAGAGCGUCGACAAGCACGCACGAAGGCGACGAAAAAGAAGAACUACACACUUUCAUUCCCUGCACAAGUCAUGGCUUGCACGAGGAGGCAGGCGUUGGUCAUGAUCGGUGAUCCUCAGUCCUUGAUAGGCAAAUGGGGUGGCAUCUUGUUUCAAGCACUGAUUGUCGGUUCACUCUUUUAUAAUCUUCCGCCAACUGCUGCCGGUGCAUUCCCGCGAGGUGGUGUAAUCUUCUUCAUGCUAUUGUUCAACGCUCUGUUGGCUCUCGCAGAACUCACAGCUGCUUUCGAAAGUCGCCCAAUUUUGCUGAAGCACAAGAGCUUCUCCUUCUAUCGACCAGCUGCGUAUGCAAUUGCCCAAACAGUCGUCGAUAUCCCACUGGUUUUGGUACAAGUGUUCAUCUUCGACAUUGUCGUCUACUUUAUGGCCAACCUACAAAGAACCGCAUCGCAAUUCUUCAUUUCGCUGUUGUUCUUGUGGAUCAUCACCAUGACGAUGUACGCCUUCUUUCGAGCUAUCGGCGCUCUUGUGGGUUCUCUGGAUAUUGCUACUAGGAUCACGGGUGUCGCCAUUCAGGCUCUGGUUGUGUAUACUGGCUAUUUGAUUCCGCCAUCCAAGAUGCAUCCAUGGUUCUCUUGGCUACGAUGGAUCAACCCUAUCCAAUACGGAUUCGAAGGUCUACUCGCGAACGAGUUCUCGACUCUGGAGAUUCAAUGUGUUCCGCCAUACAUCGUUCCUCAGAUCCCGGGUGCACAGGAGCAGUAUCAGUCUUGCGCUAUUCAAGGCAACACUCCUGGAUCUCUGACCGUUUCUGGCUCCGAUUACAUCCAGGUCGCUUUCCAGUACUCAAGGUCACAUUUGUGGCGAAACUUUGGUUUCAUUUGCGCCUUCUUCAUAUUCUUUGUCGCACUGACCGCCUUCGGCAUGGAAAUCCAGAAGCCUAACAAGGGCGGCGGAGCUGUCACCAUCUACAAGAGAGGCCAGGUUCCGAAGACUGUUGAGAAAGAGAUGGAGACCAAGACCUUGCCCCAAGAUGAAGAGAAUGGCAAACCCGAGCCGAUUUCUGAGAAGCAUUCCGCGAGUGACAAUGAUGAGUCUGAUAAGACAGUGGAAGGUGUCGCAAAGAACGAGACCAUCUUCACUUUCCAAAACAUCAACUAUACGAUUCCGUACGAGAAGGGCGAACGAACACUCUUGGACGGUGUCCAGGGAUACGUCAAGCCCGGGCAAUUGACAGCAUUAAUGGGCGCAUCAGGAGCCGGAAAGACCACGCUUCUAAACACACUUGCACAGAGAAUAAAUUUCGGUGUCGUACGCGGCGACUUCCUCGUUGACGGCAAGAUGCUCCCAUCUUCUUUCCAACGAUCAACGGGCUUUGCUGAGCAAAUGGAUGUCCAUGAAUCGACAGCGACAGUGAGAGAAGCACUCCAAUUCUCCGCAAGACUUCGACAGCCCAAGGAGACACCAUUACAGGAGAAGUACGACUAUGUCGAAAAGAUUAUUGAUCUUCUUGAGAUGCGCAAUAUCGCUGGAGCUGCAAUUGGCACGUCUGGAAACGGCUUGAACCAGGAGCAGCGUAAGCGACUUACUAUUGGUGUGGAACUAGCCAGUAAGCCUGAGCUUCUCCUGUUCCUAGACGAGCCUACCUCAGGUCUCGAUUCCGGCGCCGCCUUCAAUAUUGUUCGCUUCCUGCGAAAACUCGCCGAUGCCGGACAAGCUAUCCUCUGUACCAUCCACCAGCCGAGUGCUGUCCUCUUCGAACAUUUCGACCAACUUCUCCUACUCAAAUCUGGUGGCCGAACAGUCUACUUUGGAGAGCUCGGCCACGAUUCUCAAACCAUGAUCGAGUACUUCCAACAAAACGGAGCUAAGAAGUGUCCGCCGAAGGAGAACCCUGCUGAAUACAUGCUCGAAGCGAUCGGCGCUGGCAAUCCUGAUUACAAGGGUCAGGAUUGGGGUGAUGUGUGGCAGAAAUCUCAACAGAACGAGAAGCUUUCGAGUGAGAUCCAGGAGAUCAGCAAGAAGCGCCUUGAAGCUGCUAAGAACAAGGAAGCGACUGACGACAGGGAGUAUGCUAUGCCGUAUCCUCAGCAAUGGCUUGCUGUUGUUAAGCGGAGCUUUGUUGCGAUUUGGCGGGAUCCUGAAUACGUCCAGGGUGUUAUGAUGUUGCACAUCUUCACUGGUCUAUUCAAUGGAUUCACCUUCUGGAACCUUGGGCAGAGCAGUGUAGAUAUGCAGAGCCGCUUGUUCUCAAUCUUCAUGACGCUGACGAUCUCGCCACCCUUGAUUCAGCAGCUGCAACCGAGGUUUCUUAAUGUCCGAGCCAUAUACCAGUCUCGCGAAGGCAGUGCGAAGAUAUACUCCUGGACUGCCAUGGUAUGGGGUACGAUCUUGAGCGAGAUUCCAUAUCGACUCAUCUCCGGUACCGUCUACUGGUGCUGUUGGUACUUCCCUCCGGCGUUUCCUCGCGACACAUACACUGCUGCCAGUGUCUGGCUCUUCAUGAUGCAAUUCGAGAUAUUCUAUCUCGGAUUUGGACAAGCCAUCGCCGCUUUCAGUCCCAACGAACUGCUGGCUUCUCUCCUCGUACCGUUGUUCUUCACCUUCAUCGUCUCGUUCUGCGGUGUAGUUGUCCCGUACGUCGGGCUGGUAUCGUUCUGGAAAGCUUGGAUGUACUGGCUGACGCCCUUCAAAUACCUACUCGAGGGUUUCCUUGCGCUCUUGGUCCAAGGCCAGGAAAUUCGAUGCGAAACUCAAGAGUUGGCAAUCUUCCCUUCACCGCCAGGACAGUCCUGUGAUCAGUAUGCUGGCCAAUUCGCACAGCAAGCAGGGGGUUAUGUGCAGACGCAACCGGAUGGCAACUGUGGUUUCUGCCAGUUUGCGACCGGUGAAGCGUUUGCUGCGUCUUUUAAUGUCUUCCCACGAUACAUUUGGCGCGACUUCGGCAUUAUGUGGAUCUACAUUUUCUUCAACUUUGCAGUUGUGUUUGUAUGCACGUGGUUGUAUCUCGGCGGUGCCCGUAAGAUCAAGGGCUUGUUCAGUCCAGCAAGCAGGAAGCAAAAGAAGGACCAGAAGAAGAAGCAAAGCGGCGAUGAAGCCUGA